AUGGACUCGAUACGUGUUUCCAAGGUUGAACAUGUCGCUUGUACUAAGUCCGGAUCCACUUUGACCGGCACGAUUCAUCUUACGGCGCACCACCUCAUCUUUCAGUACGACGAAGACAAAGAGAAGGAACUUUGGGUUCCCUAUCCCCUGAUAUCACUUGUUACGUGCCUCCCCCAGACUAUACAGGGUCAAUGUCCUUUGACAUUUAAUUCACGAACUUUUGAGACAUUUACGGUGUCUUUUAUGAGGGAGUCUGAUGCCAUUGAUGUCUUCGAAAGUGUGAAAGAGCUCACCGUAGCAACAUCUGUCCAGCAACUAUACGCAUUUUUUUACAUCCCCAAACCUCCAUUCCCGCGAACAGAUGGGUGGUCUUUGUAUUCCUCGCGAGAAGAGUUUGGCCGCAUGGGUGUCGGGACCCGAUCCAAGGCUUGGAGAUUCACGGACAUCAACAAAGACUACUCUUUUUGCUCUACAUAUCCUGCCAGGCUAGUCGUCCCGACAAGGAUCAGCGACACGACUCUCCAAUAUGCGUCGAAGUAUAGGAGCAAAUGUCGAAUACCAGUCCUCAGCUAUCUUCACUGGUCGAAUUACGGAAGCAUAACUCGGUCGAGUCAACCUAUGGUUGGAAUCACGCAGAACCGAUCCAUUCAAGACGAGAAGCUAAUAGAGGCAAUCUUCCACUCACAUCAUUCACCUGAAUCUCGGGCAUCAAAGGCCCCAGUUUAUGGUGCAAUGACAACCAAUCUUAUAAUUGAUGCGCGUCCUACGACUAAUGCUGUCGCAAAUACUGCCAAGGGUGCUGGUACAGAGAAUAUGGACCAUUACAAAGAAGGAAAGAAGGUCUAUCUUGGAAUUGAUCAUAUCCACACAAUGCGAGAGUCUCUGGCAAAAGUCGUGGAGGCAUUGCGGGAAGCCGAAACCACUCUAGCUAGUAUCAGCACCGAUCUCUCGAGCCAGGUUGCGGGGAUAUCUGUUUUGGACAGACAAGCUCUCCGUCGUUCUGGUUGGUUGCGUCAUAUAUCGGCCAUAUUGGAGGGUACAGCUGUGAUUACUCGAAACGUCCACGUUAACUCCUCUCAUGUUUUGAUUCAUUGCUCCGAUGGAUGGGAUCGCACCUCACAACUCUCCUCGCUUGCUCAACUCUGCCUAGAUCCUUUCUACCGCACCAUUCGUGGAUUUGAAAUCCUCGUGGAAAAGGACUGGUUGUCAUACGGACAUAAAUUUUUAGAUCGAUGCGGCCACCUCUCCUCCGAUAAAUUUUUCAUUUCAACGCUUGAAAACACGAAUACUGGUAGUGGCGCAGACGCAGCGCAAGCAUUUUUAGCCUCAAUGCAAAACCGAUUUGCGUCGCAGAAUCACAUCAAAGAAACUAGCCCGGUGUUCCAUCAGUUCUUGGAGUCGGUCAGACAAAUUCAGCGCCAGUUCCCGGAACGUUUUGAAUUCAACGAACGAUUCCUUCAUCAGCUCUACUACCACCUUUAUUCAUGUCAAUUCGGAACUUUCCUUUUCAACUGCGAGAGGGAGCGUCGCAUGGGAGAUGGUGAUGGGCCACCACCUUGCGAACGUACGGUCAGUGUUUGGGAUUUCUUCAAUUCUCCUAGUGAGAUGGAGCAAAAUCGGAACGCCGCAUAUGAUCCUUCCUUGGAUGACCCUAUGAAUCGAAGCCCGAAAUCGGACAUGGGUGUUCUCCUUCCCAAUCCUAAGGAUGUCAGGUUUUGGCAUGAGCUUUACGGGCGUACAGACGAAGAAAUGAAUGGUCGACUGGUUACGGUACAGGCGUUGGGGGUAGAGGCGACUGUUGAAAGUAGCCAGGAUAAUCCAAUUCAAAGGACCAAUACCCCGUCCUUCAUUCCACUCCCGCCCUCCCCGUCCAAAUCACCUGCGCACUCUUUGGCACCGUCUCGCUCAACGAGCAUAUCUGUCGCACCACGAAGCAUAUCACCGAUCCCAUCGUCUUCUGCUCCGACUAUGGAGUCACACCCCCUUCCUGGACCUCCAUCUCGGGUGGACAGCUUCAAACCCUUCGGUGCAUCCACAUCUGCCAUCUCCAUGAAACCCGCCAAUUCCUCUACAACCUCUACCUCCUCUUCAAAUCGCGUAACACCAAAGCCACCCGAUUUCUUUGGGAGUGGCGGGGUAAAAUCCGUAUGGGGGAAGCUUUCAUCGAAUGCUUCCGCGGCAUUCUCAGCGGUGCAGGAGGCUUAUGUGGGACUAUCCCAGGAUCCCCGACGGGACGAUACGAAGACGGAGGAAUUACGUGGCAGGGAUAAUCUCAAUGCUUGGGGAGAAUCGGUACCGAGCCAAUUAAUGGGUAGCAACACAAUCAAUCCUUGGUCGACGAUACCUUCAAGUGCGUCUUCGCCCACCCUUCCUUCGCCAUUCGAUAACCCUUGGACUUCCACUCGUGGGUCUCCAUUGAAAGAACCAGAAACCUUCUCAGAAUUAUUGAACACGGGUUCUCUUCCCUUAGACCCUACUGUUUCCCCUGCUUUACGCUCUCCACAUCCUCGCGGUGUCGACGAGAACCUUGAUAGGCUAACCUUGACCGAAUCGUCACUGAAAGCCCAAGAGACACCUCCACAAACGCCAGGAAGCAGUAAUACAGAUCCCCUCGGCGUUGGUUUAUUCUAG